CAAAAGAAUGAUCGAUGGCAGGACUUUACUGCUGUCAUAGCCGCUUCCGUGUUCAAGGCUAUGCUCCAGAAUUGUUACAAUAUUCUCUCAAAAUCUAGACAACCUGGGUGUCUACGUGCCAUUAAGGCUCUCGGCUUUGAAUUUAAGAACCUCUACUUUAGGUCAGAGUACGACCGACUUGUUGACACUCUAGAGUUUGGCUUUGAGAAAAAAUUCGUCUACCGCUACGAAUUUAUCAGUCUUCUUCUAGACCUGGUGCGCAAAGCCGGCAUCACCAUCGAAUUCGGCAAGAAGUUGGACCAUAUUGUCAACGAGCCGUAG